ACGUGUGCAUACUCCGCGCGCGCGGAGUCACGACACGGAUUCGGUGAUACCGGCGCGAGAACGCGGCCGCGCAGAUUCGCUCGCUCGCUCGCACGCACGCACGCUCGCUCACUCGGUCGGUUGGCCAGCCAGCCAGCCAGCCAGCCAGCCAGCCAGGCAGGGGCAGGCACCGCAGGCAGGCAGGCCAGUCAGUCGGUCGGUCGGUCGGCCAGGCAACAAAGAGUCUACUAGCCGCGGCCCGCGGAGCGUCAGUCAACAAUCGAACACGCGGCAGCGAGCACCGUCGAAAUGGAGAUGCGUGUCGACGGCCGAACAAUGACAACGACGACGACGGAGACAGCCGCCGAGUCCACGACCGCCGCCUCCGCCGCCGCCACCACCGCCGACGACGACGACGACAACGAGCGUCGACGAGGAUCGAUGAUCGCCGUCACGUGGGGCCGCUGCAAAGAGCUGCUGCUUGACUUUCACUUCAACUCCGACCGGAUAUUCCACCGGAUUGGACUUAAUAUAGCCACAAGACCAUUGGUUUGGCUAAUAAUUUCCUUGUGCCUAAAUCUCAUCUGUGGUCUCGGAUUAUUACUUUGGAAGGAGGAGAUUGAUGAAGUAGAGCUCUAUAUGCCAAUUGGAUCUGUAUUUCGCAAGGACGCUGAAUGGGUGAAGGAGUACUUCCGAGACGAUCUCAGGCACGAAAGUGUCAUCGUCACUGCCCCUAACGUGUUGGAUCCCGAAGUGCUGCGAUCGAUCAGAGAUAUCGAAAAAGAUGUGAAAAAUAUAAUAGUACAUAAUAACACUUGGGAAGAUGUGUGUGCUGGAUAUUUUACAUGGUUCCAAGAAGAUGAUAAAUGGGAAACCAUGAAUAAAACUGAGUUUCCUGAAGAAUAUCUGCCUAUUAUAAACAGUACCAUGACAAAGGAACCCUGCAUCCAUAAAUCGUUCCUAAAGAUAUGGCAGAAGAAGAGUAGGAAUAUCGAUAAAUUGACAAAGAGUAGGAUAUUGAAGGAUGUCACCAUGACUCUACAAAAUAAGAAUACCAAGAAUAUAUUAUCUGACAUUGCACCGUUGCUGGGCGGUGUCGAAUACGACCAGAACGGGAAUGUAAAAAGCGCGAGCGCGACGAUUCUAUACUGGUUGUUGAAGAAGUCCAAUCCACAUUCACCAGAUUGGGAAAUCGAAUUUAUCGAGAGGGUACUGCACUCAAAUCGUACCCUACCACCAGGCAUGGAGAUCUAUGCGACGACGCUACGCAGUUAUCAGGAUAUGCUGCACGAAGUGAUCAACAGCAAUAUGACUGUGUUAUUCUGUGGCAUGUCAUUAAUUACAAUUUAUGUGAUUGUGAUGAUUGGCCGAUGUAAUGUGAUACAGCAACGGAUAUAUCUAUCCCUCAUGGGUAUCUCCGUGGUUGGUCAGGCUCUCUUGUCGUCUUAUGGAUUGUGCUUUUACAUGGGAUUUUUCUAUGGCCCAGUGCAUCCGAUCCUACCAUUUCUGUUACUUGGUAUCGGCGUCGACGAUAUGUUUAUCAUCAUGCAAAGUCUCGAAAAUAUAUCGGAGAUAGACAAAUCCUUAGACAUUCCCGCCCGUAUAGCCAAGUCCCUUCAAAUCUCAGGUAUGUCAAUCACCGUAACAUCGUUCACCAAUAUGGUGGCCUUCGCUAUCGGCAUGACGACGGUGAUGCCGUUUCUAAAAUCUUUCUGUAUAUUCGCCGCAAUGGGUAUACUUUUUCUCUACAUCUAUGAGAUUACAUUCUUUGUCAGCUGCCUGGUAUACGACGAGAGGCGAUUGGCGGCAAGAAGGGAGGGUUGCUGUUGUCAGCCACGACCCAAUUGGCGACCAAACGAGUGUAGCAAGCAAAACUUUCAGCGUCUCAUUUUUGAGAAAUAUGUCGGGCCUUGUGUGAUGAGAACGUCAAUGAAGACGAUCAUCUUGCUAGCCACUGCUCUUCUACUAGGCGUUAACAUAUGGGGAAUAUUUCACUUAAACCAGAACUUUGAUCCACUCGUCUAUUUAAAUCAGGAAUCUUACCCCAUACGAUUUAACAACAAGUUGAAAGAAUAUUUUCCAAAGUACGGCAAGAAUGUUAACAUAUACCUGACGGGAGUGGAUUAUUAUGAGGAUCGCCAUGCACUGUCCCAGCUGGUGGACAAUCUCAAACAAAAUCCAUACAUCAACAAUCGUACUUUGGACCCGUGGUUCGCGGCAUAUCAGGAAUGGUUGAACACUACUGGCAAAGUGCAUUAUAUCGACGAUAAAGACGAAUAUUAUAACACACUUACGGAAUUUCUCCUGUUCACGAUAAAGGGCCAAGCGUACAUUCAGAAUAUGAAAUUCAAUAAGUUGCCAUUUAAUGACUAUAAUAUCACAACGUCGCAGAUUCCAGUGCAACACAUUCCCAUAAGCACAUCAUCCGAUCAAAUAAAGGCUAUGCAAUCUAUUAGGGAUGUCGUAAAAUCGGUGAAUUUUACUCAGGGAUGCGAUCAUAUCGCUAUUUAUUCGUUGGAUUACAUAGCAUGGGCGUCAAACAAGAUCAUCGGCGAAGAAUUAAUCAGAAACUUGAGUUUGGAAAUAAUGGCGGUAGGAAUAGUAACACUGGUGCUACUUAGAAAUCUACUCGCAUCGUUUUGGGUAAUGUGCUGCGUGCUGUUCACGCUCAUCGAUCUUCUAGGCUCGAUGUACUUUCUGGGACUAACUAUAGAAAUAUCAUCAACCAUUAUGAUCCUAUUGUGCGCCGGACUAGCAGUUGAUUACGCUGCUCAUGUGGGAUUGGAAUUCAUUCGCUCGAGUGGCAAUAAAAAUGAACGAGCAUUAAUGACGUUUAAUGUGAUUGGACCGGCUGUGUUUAAUGGUGGCCUGAGUACAUUUCUUGCCUUUGUUCUGUUAAGUUUCAGUCAGGCUUACGUUUUUAUCACUUUUUUCAAGUUGUUCACGUCCGUAGUAAUAUUUGGUUUGUUUCACGGAUUGCUAUUUCUGCCAGUAAUACUGAGCCUAGCAGGACCUGGUGAGAGAAAGCAAGAUAGCCCAAAAAAGAGUCAAGCAAUGCAAUAUCAUAAUGGUUAUUAUACCGUCCGUCUAUCCCAAAAUGGGAAAGAUACAGAAGACACACUUGCUAAAUGACGUUUAGCAAUGCUUCAAAAGGCUGCUUAGGUAAAUAUACUUUUGUAGAUAAUUAUAGUGCUGAAAUUUGUAUGAUUGUGGAACGAAUGCGCGCAUAUCACAUAUGCGCCUGUCUAUUUCUCAUAUUACGUCUUUCCAUUCUUUUAUAUAUACAUAACAAAAUUGGUGAAUAAAAAUAUCUUUCAUAUAAAAGAAA